AUGCUAGCUUUGACAGGUUUUUACAUUAUUUCAGUAGUUUUCCGUGUCGUAAUAUCUGACUACACACUACGUGACUUACAAGAUGACGACGCAUAUGUACAUCAAGGUGAUGUAAUGAUUGGCGUGCUGGCAAACAUUCUCAAAUCAGACUCCGACCAAGUGGGGUUUUGUAGUGGAGAGAGAGGGUCUCGACGUCUUUCCGCCUUUAAAACAAUCGCAGUACUAAAAUAUGCUAUGGAUAUGGUCAACGAUAAUUCAAAUCUUCUCCCAGGAGUACGAUUAGGAUAUGUUGCUCUCCCAACGUGUAGUGGCGGCAUUCUUCAAACACUUGCACGUGCUCUUCAAUUUGUGCCACAGACUCAGGAGCAAACAUAUCCGAGUCUACACAACCAACAUUUUUAUAAGGUUGUCGGCGUUUUUGGACCAAAGGCUAGUCAACCCUCAGUUGUGGUUUCCCCAGUCCUAAGCUUAGCCCAAAUCCCUCAUAUAAGUGAUGUGGCCACUAGUGAUGAACUAAGCAACAAAGACCUCUACCCAUACUUCAUGCGUGUUGCACCUCCAGAUAGAUAUCAGACCCAGGCUAUUGUUGACAUACUUCGCUAUUUCAAGUGGACUUAUGUUUCUACACUGCACAGACCAGAUAGCUAUGGACAAAAUGGGAUCAAUAAAGUUCAUAGGCUGUUAAAGAUGUAUGACAUUUGUCUUGAAUAUAGCGGAGUGAUCGAUAGUUCAAUGACGCAAGGUGAGUUUGAUGAUGUCUACAAAGGCCUCACGCGGCACAAUAGACCAAGGGUUGUCAUAGUCUUUGCAAUGUCUGCCGAUCUAAAAGGAGUCCUUCGAGCAAUCAAGAGAUCAAAUGGCUCUAAUGAAUUCAUUUGGGUUGUAAGCGAUGGUGUAAACAGUGUAAAAGAUGGUAUGCAUCAAAUGGUCGGAAGCAUAAAAAUUGAGUUGUAUUCUGAAACAGAUGAGGCAGUAGAGACUUUCAUUAAAUCCUUAAAUUUGAAUGACUUUCCCACCAUGCAUCCAUCUUGGCAGAAAUGGAUCGAAGACGAAUGGGAGAAUACUUUUCGUUGCUCAUUUAACACAAGUAUUGUCAACGCAACACGUUGUAGGAAAGACUCGAGGUUAUAUGAAGCUAAAAGAAACUUGUCUUAUGGUAAGAAGGCCUCGUCAUUACUGGACACCAUAAAUACAUUUGCACAUGGUUUGCAUGAACUCAUAUUAAACGAAUGUCCCCUUGCAUUCAAUGAUACGACCUUACUUGAUACAUGCAUAAAGGGACCGAUCUUCAAAUGGUAUCUUCUAAAUUCUAACUUCACUGGCAACUGGGGUCGGAUAAGGUUUGACACGUUUGGUGAUAUUCUUGGUAGAUACUUGAUAACUCAGAUUCAAAAUGAUCGACAAAGAGAAGGUGUUGUCCAGAUAGGAAUGUGGGAUAAACAAAUGCAGGUCAAUUUGAAAAUCAACGAUUCAAAUUUGAAAUGGCACCAUCACACAGAUCACAACAAACUACAAAAUGUGUAUCCAGAGUCUAUGUGCAGCUACCCCUGUCAACCAGGAGAGUUUUAUAUUAAACAGGAACUGAAAUGUUGCUGGGAAUGCAGGAAGUGCCGCACUAACGAGAUAACAACCAACAAUGCUAGUACCUGUAAAGAAUGCCCGAUAUACAAGUGGCCCGACCAGCUGACAUUCGGAUACUGCGUUGAUAUACCAUCUAACUACUUACAAUAUAAGGACUCUCUUGCCAUAUUGAUGAGUACGCUUACCAUAUUCGGACUCUUGAUAUGCACCAUAACAGCAAUUUUGCUCAUUACGAACCGGAAACAUAAAUUGGUGAAAGCUUCAAACAAAGAACUUACUUCUUUCAUUCUGUUUGGAACGAUGCUUGCCUAUAUGACCGUAUUCAUGAUCAUUUCCAAACCAGAGUCUAUGAACUGUUAUCUCAGCUGCAUCGGUUUUCAUAUAAGCUCAUCUCUUGCUUAUGCUCCAAUGGUCGUCAAAACCAACAGGGUUUUCAGGAUUUUCGAUGGUGGGAAGAAGAUGAAUCGACCCAGAUUUAUGUCAUCUCGAUGGCAAGUCAUAUUUACAGCGGUGCUUAUUUUGAUACAGAUCGUGGUUUCCGUCUGUCUCACAGCAGUGCUGCCCCCUGUUGUUACAAGAAACCAACCUGUGUUGACGGAGAAGUUUGUGGAACUUUUAUGUUGGAUUCCCCUUGAAAGUCUGAUCGCUCCAUUGGUUUACAACCUUGUCUUGAUUAUCAUUUGCUCAUAUUAUGGUUUCAAAACAAGGUUUUUACCAGAUAACUUCAAUGAAUCUCGAUUUAUUUUCUUCUCUGUAAGCACAACGCUUUUUCUGUGGAUUGCUUUUUUACCGACAUAUUUCACUGCAUCGUCUGCAUAUCACAAAGCCACCCUUCUAUCAGCUCUUCUCAUAUUAAACGCCUCUGUCACUCUCUUGGUGUUAUUCCUACCAAAACUUUACGCUAUCUACUAUAUCAGUGAGGAUCAUAUGAAGUUUACACCUUCGUUUUUGACAGUUGCCAGUAUGAAUCAAACUCCAGCAACAAAUCUCUCAAACGUCUCUCCUCCACCUGGACCAUCAAGAUCAGGUAUAACGUUGAAGCCAAUCGGGAGGCCAGCAACCAUCCCAUCGAUGGAAAAGUAAAACAACGUCAACCGAUUUCUGUAUUUUGCCAUUCGAGCAUGUGCUAUGACUAAACUGUCACAGAUAAAACCUUGUAAAGUGGCAUUUUUGUGGAAUGCUUAUCUGUACCAGAAUUCAAAUAUUAAUGCUUUAGCACUGCAGACAAAAGAAUCGCACAUAAAUUCAUUGACAAAUAGUUUGAUGUUAGAGUUGUUAUAGGCCUUCCAAAAUACAUGUUGUGUAAAGUAGGAAAAGGACGAUCCAAGUGACACUUCAGAUGU